AUGGCUUCCAAGGUCGUCCAGUGGCUCCAGUCCCCUGCUGCCCGCGAGUACUUCUUCAGCACGCAUUUUUGGGGACCGGUCGCAAACUGGGGUCUCCCCCUCGCCGCCAUCGCAGACUUGAACAAAACAGAGGAUGUGAUAUCGGGGCCCAUGACCACGGCGUUGGCUUCCUACUCGCAUCGAAUUCACACCUCGAGGACACCGCCUCCAAGUCUGGUCUUCAUGCGUUUCGCAUGGCGCGUACAACCAAGGAACUACCUGCUCUUCGCGUGCCACGCGACAAACGCGACCGCCCAACUCAUCCAGGGUGGUCGCUUCGUCAACUACUGGUACCUCGGCGGGCAGGACAAGGAGCAAUCGAGCAAGCCUGUCGCGCAAGAGGUUGUGGACACCGCCAAGACCGUUGUUGCGUCAAAAUGA